GAAAGAGAAACAGGGGAAUUUUCGUCCCAUUUUUUUAAUGGAUUCAAAUAAUCAUCUCUACGACCCGAAUCACACCGGGUCGGGUCUUCUUCGUUUUAGAUCAGCUCCCAGCUCUGUUCUCGCCGCUUUUGUUGACGACGACAAGUUUGGAUUCGACUCCGAUAGGUUGCUUUCAAGAUUCGUUAGCUCUAAUGGCGUAAACGACGAUCUGGGUUCAUCUAAAUUCGUCGAUAAGUCUCCGGUUUCGUUAACGAACACCUCUGUUUCAUACGCCGCCGCCACUCUGCCGCCGCCGCAGCUUGAGCCGUCGAGUUUUCUGGGUUUGCCGCCGCAUUACCCGAGGCAGAGUAAAGGGAUGAUGAACUCGGUUGGUUUGGAUCAGUUUCUGGGUAUCAAUAAUCAUCACACGAAACCAGUUGAAUCCAAUCUUCUCCGGCAAAGCAGCUCACCUGCCGGAAUGUUCACUAACCUCUCUGACCAAAACGGUUAUGGUUCAAUGAGAAAUAUGAUGAAUUACGAAGAAGAUGAAGAGAGUCCAUCUAAUUCCAACGGAUUAAGACGCCAUUGCAGCCUCUCUUCAAGACCACCCUCUUCACUUGGAAUGCUCUCUCAAAUACCUGAAAUCGCACCCGAAACGAAUUUUCAAUAUAGCCAUUGGAAUGAUCCAUCCACCUUCAUCGAUAACUUAUCCUCCCUUAAAAGAGAAACAGAGGACGAUGGAAAAUUGUUUCUCGGAGCUCAGAACGGAGAGUCCGGGAAUCGUAUGCAGUUACUGUCGCAUCAUUUGAGUCUACCGAAGUCAUCAUCAACAGCAUCGGACAUGGUUUCAGUGGAUAAGUAUCUUCAGUUGCAAGAUUCUGUUCCUUGUAAAAUUAGAGCCAAACGUGGUUGCGCUACACAUCCUCGAAGCAUCGCUGAACGGGUAAGAAGAACGCGGAUAAGCGAGCGAAUGAGGAAAUUACAAGAGCUUGUUCCUAACAUGGACAAGCAAACGAACACUUCGGAUAUGUUGGAUUUAGCAGUGGAUUACAUCAAAGAUUUACAAAGACAGUAUAAGAUUUUAAACGAGAACAGAGCUAACUGCAAGUGUAUGAACAAGGAGAAGAAGUCAAUAUAGGGAGCAACAAAGUGUGUAGAUAGGACUAAAAAAAGCAGAGAGAAGGAUAAGAAAGAAACAAUGUCAUGUCUGAAUAUUUUUUAGCCGAAACAGACCAAAUUGUCUAUGUAAGCUCUUGAGAAAAAGCAUCUGCUUUCAACAAAAUUCUAAGCAAUAAAUAGUACUCGAUUUG